AUGCCCGUGCGCUCGACGCCGGUUGGAUUUUUGAAUCCGCUCGCGCCGUCGCUCGCGCCCGCGGCGGCGCCCGCGCGCGCGACGGCGAGUCCGUUGGGUGAUGCCGCGCUCGGCGGUGGCGCCGUUCGGCGACGGGCGGGGACGGAGGGGCGUGGGUGGGGGGAUUCGAGCGCGCGGGCGCUCGCGCGGAGCGCGGCGGCGGGCGACGUGAACGAGACGAUGCGAGCGGCGAGAGAGCGACCGGAGAGCGUGAACGCGGUGGUGGGAGAGGAUGGACGCCGCGCGCUGCACCACGCGGCGGCGAGUGGGAGCGCGGGGGGGGUGGAGGCGUUGCUGAGCGUCGGCGCCGAGCCGGAGGCGCGAUGUCGGAGCGGGCGGACGCCGCUGCACGAGGCGGCGAAGAACGGACACGCCGACGCGGCGAGGAAGAUUAUAGAUGCGUAUAAGGUGUACGGGCGAUUCUUUGGCGCGUCGGAGGGGCGAAGGGUUGAUGUGAACGCGCGAGACGUCGCUGGAUCGACGCCACUGCACGAGGCGCGGGAACGAAGGGUCAUCGAGAUUUUAUUGCGAGAGGGCGCCGAUGGGACGCAGCGUCGAGGCGAUGGCUCAAAUGCGCUACACUUGGCGUGCGAUCGCGGCGAUGGGUGGGCAUCGGAGGCGCUGCUCGGGUGCGGGGUCGAUUGUGACGCGCGCGACGGCGUCGGACGCAGCGCGCUGCAUCGGGCGAGAGACGGGAGAUCGGCGGCGGCGCUGUGCGCGUCUGGCGCGGAUGUGGACGUCAUGAACGACGAUGGAUACACCCCUCUUCACGUCGCCGCGAUGGACGGGCGUUCGGAGGUGAUCGUUCGGUUGGUGAGCGCCGGUGCGCAGUUACGCGCGAGGACUCGAAAUCGAGGAAGUCUGCUGCCGGGCGCAACAGCGGCAGAUCUGGCGGCGAAGUACGGUCACGACGACGUCGUGCGCUUGCUCGAUGGUGCCAAACAAGUCUCGCGAACCGGCUAUCUCUCCACGUGCGCCAUUAAUCAUAACGAAGAACGAUUCGUGAAACAGAUGCGGCGUUCCAGCGAGAAGCGCAUGGGCGUCGUUUGGGGAGUCAUCGUAGCCGUCGUUAUCGUGCUCUUCGCGCUUCUAAUCGGGCACUUUUGGUACGCCGAGGCAAAGAGAGAGCUCGAAGAUUGGAGGAGAGUUCGGAGCGCUCGCGAAAAGGCGAAGAUGCUAAAGGCAAAGCAAAGGGCGGCGGCGGAAAAGGCGGAGCUCAAGCGAAAGCUCGAGGCUGAUGCUCGAGCAAAAGCGUGGCAGGCAGAGGCUCGUCAGCACGUCGAGCGUGUCUUGAAGUGCGGCGUGUACGGCACGAGCGCGGACGGUGUCAAGAAAGGUGGCGUGCACAGAUGCAUCUUGUUUGGUUCGGACGGACGCGGUCUAUCAGAGGAAACGAGCGGGAGCUGCGGAGUUUGCGUUGGGUUUCUGCAAGACUUUCGCGAGAGCAAGUCAGAGUCCGAUAUCGACGCGCAGUUGACGGCAGCGUGCACGAAAAAUCAAGGGAAUAGUCGCGUUGGAAAGAUUUGUGACUCGCUAUUAGCAGCACGCAAAGAUUUGCGGCGACAAAUGUCCUUUGGCGUGCCUCCGGCGAAAGUGUGCGCUCGUCUAGGCGCCAAAGAUCCUGAGCUGUGCGCGGUGAAACCGGCAAAGGAGGGUGACUUAUCCAGCGACGGUAAAGGUGAUGUGGCCGCUCGCGAUGCUUUCAAGCGACUAUCCCUAUAUAUUCACCCGGAUAAGCACGAAAAUUCCGCAGCCGCGACUGAGGCGUUCAAAAUGUUGAACACGGCGCGCGCGUACAUGGACUCAAAGGCAAAAUUGAAUGAGAAGCGCAAGCAGGCGAAAGCCGGUAAAACCGACUAG